AGCUGCUGGUUCCUGUGACGUGCCGACUGAAGGAGAACGAGGAAUGAGUUCAGCGACUGUGAGGGUCUGAAUGGAGAUGCAGUUUGCUAUCCCAGCGUCUUCUCCGAUGAGCACGGCGAGUGUGAGGCGAUCCUAUGGGGUCACGUCAACGAGAGGGCUGGUCACCACGAGCUCUUCCUGGUCCGCCGCGAAUCAAAGCAAGCCUCUGUCCAUCAUCUCCCGCAGCUCUCAGCCGACUCACCUCCAAGAAGGUCCAGCUGAGGCGGCAGACGCGCUCUUCGGCAUCGGAGCUGGCGUGUCUGUCGCUGAGGGACGCGGGUUUUGGAUAAACAGCGUGAAGCCCGGUGGGCCAGGAGAGAGUGCCGGCCUGCUCAAGAACGACCUGCUGAUCUCAAUUGACGGCAAGCGACCAGCAACUUUAGCUCAGCUCAGGAACAUGCUUCUUGGACCCAAGGGCACGCAGGUGGAGCUUGGUGUCCUUCGUAGAGACGUUCCUAGUGGAGCUCCUCUCAUCCUUCGGGUUGUGAGAGGCUCCGGGUCUUCUGGAUCCGUCGGGCCUGUGCUUGGCGUGGGCAUGGGGCUGAAGCUGAACCCUGGAGGAGGCUUUCUGGUCUCUAACGUACAGGCGGGAGGCCCUGCAGAUCGCGCAGGAGUGCUGACGGGCGAUGUCAUCUGCACCUUCAACGGGGAACUAGUGACCAACAAGCCCGGGACGUACCUGACCGAAGAGAGGAGAAAACUCGUCGCUGGUGUCGGUCGUUGUGGUGAUGCGCAUGCUCCUGCCUCUCUUGUGUCUCUCAUGCUCGAAUCAGGCGGGACGUACUCGCACCAGCCCAUAGGCGGCAUGUCAGGCAUGUCGCGCGUGGACUCGAGCGGGUACUCUAGCGGAGGAUACAGCACUGCCUACGACUCAGACAAGUCGGACAACCUCGAACCUCCCUCCUCCCUAGCGCGCAGCCGUGAAGGAUACAGCAGCGAUGAAAGCCUCGGGCCCUCGCCAGCUGUUCCUGUAUCGCUGAAGCGAAGGUCUCACCGGGAUGGGGGAAGGAUGAUACCGGCUGCCGUCAAGUCCUCCGAGGUUCUCUUCAAGGGCUCCAAGGAGGGAGCGACUGCUCCCCGCGAAGGCCAUCACCACAUUGCAAACGAAGAGCUGCAGGCGCUCAAGAGCCAAGUGGCGGCGCUGCAGGCGACGGUCAGCAAGCAGGCAGAGGAGAUGGCGACGCUCUCGUCUGCUCUCGUCGGGCUGAAGAAGCAGCUGGAAGACCGCGAGCCCCCGCACCUCAAGCCAAGCGAGACGGAGGAGCCUGGGGAGGGGACGGGAGAGCUCAUGUACGUGUGGAGGAGGAGGGGAGCGCGACAGGAGGAGGACAAGCGGCAGGCGGCUGAGAAGCAGCGGGAGGAGCAGGAGCAGAGGAGAGAGCAGGGAUGGCAGAAGCUUCAGAGCGAAUGGGGCCAGAUGAAUCAGCGAUGGGAGAUGGUCCAGCAGGCUGAAUCCAAGCGCGUGCUCGCUGAAGAGUCGCGGGUCGAAGCGUUCAAGGCCCUGGAAGAGACUUUCAAGAAAGUCAUGAGCAACGAAGAGCUUCGCAACCUCGCCGAGCAGCAGCGCUUUGAGGAGGAGAGGAGGAGGAGCGAGAGGAUCGCCAAGGUCGAGAAGAUCAUCGGGGCUCUACGGGAUGAGCAGGAUGGGAUCCUUGAUGGAGUGGAGGAGCAGAAACGACAUUCGCUCAAUGUCCUUGAGAGGAUUCAAGAUCUUCUCAACAAACUUCGCAUGGACGUCGCACAGGCGCUCUCGAAGGAGUUACCUUCGCAAGAGGGGAUUGUUGAGAUCCCUCCCCCUGGCAAGGAGGGAGGAGGAGAAGCUCUGAACGCGGAGGAGGAGCCCGCCUUCCCCAAGCAGCCGCAUCCUCUUUCUCCGACCGUCUCUCCUCAUCGCACCCCCUCGAGGGACGAGCCGAUGCCGCAAGAGCAUGCCUGCGGCUUUCCUUCUCCUCUCGUGCCUCGACUGCGACUCAAGCGAUGUGUCUCCGACGAUGCUGUGCCUGCCAGCCUCAGAUGUGCCGCCAUCGUUGUAGGGACUCGUCUCUUCCUGUUUCCCAAGAACCGCGAGGGCAUGUGCGACCUUCAGUUCGCCAUGGUCAUGGACCUCUCCUCCCUCCGCCUCUGGGCCCUCCGCGUCAUGGGCUCUCUUCCUCUCCGAUGCCGUUGCGCGUUCGUUGUCGUACAGGGCUGCUACGUCGAGCUGGACACGCCGCAUCCCUGCUACUGUCACUGCGAGGCGAGCGCAACUUCGACAUCAGCAGCGCUUGUGUCCUCAACGUCCGAUCCCUCACGUUGA